AUGAAUCAAAAGAGUGAAGUUAUCUUUCAUAAAACAGAUCUUAUUCAAGUUUUAAACAAAACGAAGGAGUUUAUGGAAAAUAUUUCACAACUAAACAAUUAUCAGAACUUGGAUUCCAACUUAAUAGAAAAAGAAUUUUGUUUCCUCAUCAAAGAAUUUUCUAACAUAUUCCCGGAAAUAUUAUAUAAUACUGAUAUGCAGGAAUCAGAUAUGAUGAUGGAUUUUGAACAAGAUAUUCAAGCAAUGAUAAAGUUUAUUACAGAAAUAAAAAAGGUUUCCAAUAACGGUAAUGCUAUCAAAGCCGUCCUGCAAAAAUCAAUAAGCCAUGCGAAUGAUUUAAAAAUAGAUUAUGAUAAACUGAAAGAACUGCAUAUAGAAACGCUUGAUGAUCAAAGGGGAAAAAAAUUUAGAAUAGCUGACUCGUCUAAUCAAGAACUUGACGAUAAAAGUGAGGGGAAAUAUGUUUAUAGUAUUAGAAAAAAAUUUUAUAACAGUAUAGAAGUUGCUUGCAAAUAUGUGCCGAUUUCAGAUGACAAUUCAAUAGAUCAACGACUCCAAAUCCAGAAAGAAAAUAAAAUAACAAAUGUUGAUAAAGAGUUUAACGAUUUAGAGGAUCAAAAAAAAGAAGAAUGUAUACAUUGGAACGAAUUAAAAAAUAAAGAGGAGAUUGGAGAUGAACAUCGCGUAAUAAGAGCUUAUUAUCCAGCUCGUAAGGAUUUUGUAGUUUGCAAAAAGUUUGAUACUUCAACGGAUUUUAUGUAUGAAUUGGAUAUUAUGAAACGUUUAAAUGUUCCUGACAAAAAUAUUAUUAGGUUUUUGGGCAUUAGCAAAGAUAAAGAGAAUCAUAUUUAUUAUAUUGUAAUGGAAUUCGCAGCUGGUGGUGACUUAAGGCUUUAUUUGAAAAAUCAUUUUCGUGUAAUGAAUUUUGAAGCUCAGCUACGGUUUGCUAUGGAUAUUACAAAAGGAUUAAAUUAUAUACAUUGUGAACAAAUUUUACAUGCAGAUUUGGAUCGCUCAUAUGACGAAAACUUAAAAUCGGAUAUUAUAAAUAAUAAUUUGAGGGAAAAACAAGCAAACGGAAUGCCAAAUGAUGAUGAUGAAUAUUAUAAACAAUAUUGUAGACUUUAUACGAAUUGUUGGGAAACUGAUCCAGAAAAGCGACCAAAUAUUAAAAAGAUUUUGCAAGCUUUAGAAAAUAUAACCAUUAAUCAACCCAAAGAAGGAGGUUUACCACAAUGCUAUGGUAGAACGGAAGAAUGUCCAAAAAAUCAGUGUGAUUCUAAGUUAGAACUACUAUCUUUUCUUAACAGCAAUGUAGUGAAGGAAAUUGAAUGA